GCCAAGCAAGCAACAUGUACAAGCAGGUGAUCGUCGUCCUGGCCGUGGUGGCUGCCUGCAUGGCCGCCCCUGGACCGAAGCCGGCCCCCGGCCUGCUGGCCAGCUACGUGGCAGCAGCCCCCGCCGCCUACACCGCCCACGCAGUCGCCGCCCCCGUCGCCUACACCGCUGCCGCAGCUCCCGUGGUUUACGCCGCCCCCUACUCUGCUGCGUACGUCGCCCCAUAUCAUGCUGCCUACAGCGCAGCCAUCUUGGGAUGAACUUCGCGGCCAACGAUAGACCUCAGCAUUAAUUGUGUUUAUUGUGAUAAUCAAUGGAAAUAAAACUACUAUUAUCUUA